CUCAGAAUGGCACUGCUCUUUCGUCCAGAGCAGUCAGAGCUGCAGUGUCUGGAGAUGACAACCAAGAGGAAGCUGAUUGGCCGCCUGGUGCCCUGCCGAUGCUUCCGCGGAGAGGAGGAGGUGAUCUCUGUGCUGGACUACUCCCACUGCAGCCUGCAGGCGGUGCCCAAGGAGAUCUUCAGCUUCGAGCGCACCCUGGAGGAGCUCUACCUGGACGCCAACCAGAUCGAGGAGCUGCCCAAGCAAUUAUUUAACUGUCAGGCCCUUCGAAAACUCAGCAUGCCUGACAAUGACCUCUCCAGCCUGCCAACCACCAUCGCCAGCCUUGUAAACCUGAAGGAAUUGGACAUUAGCAAAAAUGGUAUUCAAGAGUUCCCAGAUAACAUCAAAUGCUGUAAAUGUCUAUCAGUUAUUGAAGCCAGUGUCAAUCCUAUUUCCAAGCUCCCAGAAGGGUUCACCCAGCUCCUGAACCUGACACAGCUCUUCUUAAACGAUGCCUUUCUGGAGUACCUCCCUGCCAAUUUUGGGAGACUUUCCAAAUUACGCAUUCUGGAACUUCGAGAAAAUCACCUGAAAACCCUGCCGAAGUCAAUACACAGACUGGCACAGCUGGAGCGAUUAGACUUGGGAAGCAAUGAAUUCACCGAGCUGCCAGAAGUCUUGGAGCAGAUACAUAACCUGAAGGAGCUGUGGAUGGAUAACAACUCGCUGCAGUCGAUACCUGGGUCUAUAGGGAAGCUGAGGCAGCUGCGGUACCUGGACCUGGCGAAGAACAGGAUCGAGACCUUGGAUUCGGACAUCUCGGGGUGUGAGUCCCUAGAAGACCUCCUGCUCUCCUCCAAUAUGCUGCAGCAGCUGCCUGAUUCCAUUGGGGUGCUUAAAAAGCUGACAACUCUAAAAGUAGAUGACAACCAGCUGAACUCACUGCCAAACACCAUCGGAAGUUUGUCACUUUUAGAAGAGUUUGACUGUAGCUGUAAUGAACUGGAUUCCCUUCCCCCCACCAUUGGCUACCUGCACAAUCUCCGAACUUUUGCUGCAGACGAGAACUUUCUCUCAGAAUUGCCCAGAGAGAUCGGGAGCUGUAGGAAUGUCACGGUCAUGUCUUUGCGCUCCAAUAAGCUGGAGUUUCUGCCUGAUGAGAUUGGACAGAUGACCAAGCUGCGUGUUCUAAAUCUGAGCGACAACAGGUUAAAGAAUCUGCCAUUUACUUUCACCAAACUGAAGGAUCUUGCUGCACUGUGGCUAUCAGACAAUCAGUCCAAGGCCUUGAUCCCCCUUCAGACAGAGGCCCAUCCUGAGACCAAGCAGAGAGUCCUCACCAACUACAUGUUUCCCCAGCAACCUCGGCACGAUGAAGAUUACCAGUCAGACACUGACAGCUUCAACCCUACACUUUGGGAGGAGCAGCGGCAGCAACGGAUGACUGUUGCCUUUGAAUUUGAAGACAAGAAGGAGGAAGAGGACAACUCCGGAAAAGUCAAGGUGGAAAUCAAUCUGAAGCGCUACCCCACCCCUUAUCCAGAGGACCUUAAGAACAUGGUGAAGUCAGUUCAGAACAUGGUCGGGAAGACCAGUCAUGCCACAGAGAAGUGUUCCUCUGGCACCAACAUGGAGCUCCCUGGCAAGGAGAAGUUUGAGCCCCAGUGGCCCAUUGCAGCAAAUGAGGUCAGAGUCCCAGAUUCCCUUGGAGGCUCCCCAAAUGACAUCCGCAUUUCUGACAUGAGACCUACCCUGGUGGAACCCCCGAUGUACAAACCAAAGGUUGUCUUACUAGGCAAAGACAAAAAAGAGUCGACAGAUGAAUCAGAUCCAGACAAAAUGCAUUGCCUGAACAACAGUGGCUCCUCUGCCACCUAUUCAGACUACUCCCCAUCCCAGGGCUCCACUGGCUCUUCUAACCCCCCCGCCAAUGUUACUGCUCUGCAGCCCAUGGGGAAGGAUGGGGCACCUCCAACACAUUGGACUAACAGGCUGGCCCAGUCCUUCCCCAAGCCCAUUGAGACAAAGCCAUUGCUGAGCCAGAGGGAGACACCUCCUUCUAGCACCCUGCAACAGCGCAGUGAAAGACGUCCUCUCAGUGAUGCCUUCGAGAGCUGGAACGACUCCUCCCAAUAUGACAACACAGGGUUUGUGGCAGAGGAGUCUCCUAUUGAGACCACAAGCAGUGGCAAUCCCAUGCUGGGCUCUAAGCCCAGGAGCAACUCACACGGGCGGCGGCCUCUGAUGAGGCAGGAGCGGAUAGUGGGCGUUCCACUUGAGCUUGAGCAGUCUGCGCACACUUUCCACCCUGUCCGCAAUACUCCGGAAACUGAAGUGCCUCCUCCCCCUCCUCCCAACCCCUGGCAGAACUGGACGAGGACCCCCAGCCCUUUUGAAGACAGGACAGCUUUCCCAUCUAAGCUGGAGCUCACCCCCGCGAACAGCCCCAACCCGGAUCGCAAGGACUUUGAGCAUGAGAUGGGUGAGCUGCCAGGGACCUUCCCCUCUACGGGAGCGUGGGGUUUCCUGGACUCCCGGGACUCCCGGGACUCCCGGGACUCACGAGACUCAGGGACAGGGCAGGGCCACUCUAACGUCUUCACACAUGUACAGUGCAGGCAGGACGUCUCCAAGGGUGCCCUGGUCAUCAGCAAGAGUACAGAGAGGCUCUCACCAAUGAUGAAAGAGGUGAAGGCCAAGUUCAAAAAGUCCCAGAGCAUUGAUGAAAUUGACAUUGGCUCCUACAAGGUAUAUAGCAUCCCAAUGGACAGCUACAGCUCCAGCAUAGAGAACCAGGGCAGUGUGGACAGGCCAGACCUUCCACCACCCAUGGAGCAGAGCAUGUCGAGGAGCCAGUCCGCUCCUAUGCUGGAUGAUGAUCUAGAUGGCUUUGGCACAGGGAAGAGCAGUUCACAGCAGCAGAAACCUGCUAUACCUAAGAAGGUUUACCAGUUUGACCAAAGCUUCAACCCUCAGGGGCCCAUGGAGGUGGUGAAGCCUGAGAGAAGGGCCCCACCCCCUUUCCCAAACACUCCUGAGUAUAUCAACCAGCCAGGCAAAACCCUGCCCAAGGAGCUAGUGAGUCCGAGAGGCUACCGUGGCUAUCCCCCCAUGGAGCAUAUGUUCUCAUUCUCUCAGCCCUCAGUCAAUGAAGAGAUCCUCAACCAGCCCAUCCCCGCCCCGAGGUCUCGGCCAGGCUUCCUGCGGAGGGCCGAUUCUUUGGUCAGCUCCACAGAGAUGGCCCUCUUCCGCAGGGUGGCAGAGGCACAGGAGCUACAGCUCAGUGAGCGAUACGGGAGGCCACACUUCAAGGGCAUGCUUGAACACCAGAACAGCGUGUCCACAAUAUCGGACUCUCAGUUCCAUAAGAGAAACGGCAGGUACGAGGACGAGUACUCAUCAUACCAGGAGCCCAAAAAGCCCAUCAUGGGAUACCCCACCAAGAGCCUGACCCAAAGGCGGCCCUUGUCUGCCAGGAGUUACAGUACGGAGACCUACGGGGCAUCGCAGGCCCGGCCUGUGUCAGCAAGGCCCACCAUGGCUGCCCUGCUGGAGAGGUUGCCUUCAGAUUACACCCUGAGCUCCUGUACAGAGAAGAGCUUUGAUGGAGACAUGAAGCUGCGGUCUAUAAUGCAGAAGCCUGAAGACCCCACCUCUAAAAUGCCAGUGGACUGGAGACAACAGCUGCUUAGACAUAUAGAAGCUAAAAGAUUAGACCGGACCCCUUCGCAGCAGAGCAAUAUCUUAGAUAAUGGACAGGAGGAGGUUUCUCCCACCAGCCAGUGGGCCCCAUACUCACUGGGCAGGAGGGAUGUACCACCAGAUAAUAUCAUGAAAAAGGCAGGUGGCCACCCCAACCAAACACAGACAAUGAUCGUGACCUCAGCGACGGCCACACCGCCACACCGCUCUGCCCGCGAGCAGCAGUACGAGGGCGCCAUCAACAAGAUCUCCAUCCAGCAGUACCAGUCUCCGCUGCCCAUGCCCAUCUCAGCCACCAACCCCCGCCCUCAGAGUGCACGCUGCCUCAUUCAGACCAAAGGGCAGAAGAGCAUGGAUGGAUACCCGGAGCAGUUCUGUGUGCGCAUAGAGAAGAACCCUGGCCUUGGUUUCAGCAUCUCAGGGGGAAUAAGUGGGCAGGGAAAUCCCUUCAAGCCUUCAGACAUGGGUAUCUUUGUUACUAGGGUACAGCCUGAUGGACCUGCCUUCAACGUGCUUCAACCUGGAGACAAAAUUCUGAAGGCCAACGGACAUAGUUUUUUACACAUGGAACACGAAACUGCUGUCUCUCUGCUGAAGAAUUUCCAGAAAACUGUGGACUUGGUAAUCUUGAGGGAGAGCACAACCUAAAUAUUUUUUUAUUACACCAUAACUUCUCACACAGAAUGAACACUGAAAUAUGUACACUUUAUCCAAACCUGUUUUUAUUUAAGAACAGAAACAUUUGCCAAUUGCUGGACCAAUGGCAAAUGCUAGUGCCAAAUGUAAAAUAGGAUACAUAUCUUAUGUUACAAAUGGAUAUAAAUGACACAAAUGUGUUUAACUUUUAUGUUUAUGUGACUGAAAUUAAUUUAUAUCUAUCAGCCUGAGGUUGAAGAUUGGUGCAGAUGUUUUUUUGUUUUUUUGUUGUUGUUUAUGUUAAUUUUUAAUAGAUAUCAUUUACAUUUUUUUUGUAGUUGUUCAUUUAGAUUUAGAGCAUGAAAGCACACUAGCUCCUUAGGAAUUACACUCACCAUAAACACUGCCUCAACAUUGUAUAUGCCUUUUGUAAAUAUAAAUAUUAAUAUAAAGAUGAAAUUAAAAGUUGAGGCGUGAGUGAAGAAUGCUAUCAGAAGGAAUUUUGUAUAAUUUCAGAACCAAUCAGUUUCCUGUGGUGACCUAAUAAAUUCAGAAAUACAUCUAUAAAUAUUUUUUAAAUGGUAAUUCCAGCCAUUUCUUUACAUUUUAUGUUUGUUUAAAAAGUAGUACUUACAUUGAUCAGUGCAUUGAAUGACUGAAUUAGAUAUUUAAGAUGGUUAAUGGAUUUUCGGAAAGAGAUCUGGGUUGCACUGGAAGUUGAGAAACCAAAGCAAUACCCUUACAGGAACAAAUACUCAUUAUACUACCAUGCAGCACCAUCUGCUGGUAGCCCCAUAGACGAGUUCAGCUGCUUGUUUCAAAUCCCUAAGAUGUCUAUAUUUGGAUUAAUAAGAGCACUGGGGAACUUUAUAAUGCACAAAUAUUAGUGUUCUUAAUGACCUCAUUCUCUGUCACUUUUUAUUUUUAAUGGCGGUACCUAUAUGAUGAACGGGUAUUGGAUUCACUGUAAUAUCGUCCAUCAGAUAAUGUUCACACCUGGGGAUUGAAUGGCACCCUUUCAUUAUGCACACCAAAGCUGCUACAUGUUCCAAAACUUAACGGACAAACAACAAAUCUGCUCCAAAAUCUGCCCCUGUCCACUGAAGAUCAUAAAACCUGCCCUGUUUUUUUAUCUUCUCAGGCAAUACAGUUUUUAACAGUGCAAUUACCUAUGAGACAUUAUGGGAGCCAGUGAGUUUUUAGUGUUGGAGACUUUGUUUUCUGAUAGACUGCAUCAGAGAAUAACGUCACUAAUAUCACUUCUAAGUGUCAUCAUUCACACAUUCACAGAAGUGAAACUUUCACAGAUGUGCUGUCAACAUGAGUAGGCUAAUUACAUUGAAAGCAAAGAGCUACCAUUAGCCCAUGUUUUAGAAGCAAAAUAUUCCAUCUGCAAUCUUCAUAACAGUGCACCAUCCUCAAACUCAAGUUUGUUUAAACAGGUCGGUGCCAGAUGUAGGUCUGCCCCACUGUUUCAUUGGGCUAAGAAAUUGAAACAGGGCCUGAAUUCAGAAUCCAGACGUGUGCAAACAACAGCCCAGACGUCUAAAUAUUUCACUUGAUUCUGUCAGCAAUUUCCAUACAUAUGAAGUUGACAUUUUGGCUUUUUGUGUUAAAUUUUUUAAAUCAUUUGUAUUUCUUUUUUGCUCAGUAGAUGAUCAGUUACCUCCAUAUUGCACAUUUUUAAGUGAGCUGAUAUUUCUUAAGAUGAUUCAGCAAUAGGAUUAGAGGUCUAGCAAUUAGAACUGCUGUUGUGCAAUUAGGACAUUGCAAUGUUUGAAAACACUGACAUUAAUUCAAUAUCAAAGCCCACUACAUAGGCAUUUCAAUGGAGCAGAUGAGUGGGUUUCCAUUUGAUGCUCUGUUACAGCAUGCUUUCUUUUAUAUUUGUCUUUGAUUGUGUUCAAAAUGGACAUGUUUGCUUUUAAGUGGACGUAUUUAAACUGUUUUAUGAAACUUUUUUCUCAAACUUGAACAACAUUGGUCUUUAAUGUGUAAAAGACUAUUAGUAUUGUGAACAUUGGUGCCACAAUAUCCCUAACAAACGUGAUUACAAAUUAAUCCUAAAACAUUUCCCAAUACAAAAUGGAAACAAAUGUAGCAUUUAAUGUGACAUUUUUGAGCAAACCUAAGCACUCAAAAACAGCAUAUGAAAAGACCUUGGCUGAUUUGUGCCUGGAUAAGCUGGUAUAAGCUAUUGAGUUACCAUUAACCAAAUUUGGAAAAAGUAAAUUUCAGUAGUGAGAAAAUGUGACAUAACCCUACAGAAAGUUUGAUAUAUUAUUUUUUUUUACUAAACGUUUUCAUGUAAUUAUUUCUAAUAUAUUGAUAUACUUAGCUUUGCUCAAAUUGUAAACUUUUAUAAGGACUGAGUAUGGAAGGACAAAAUGUAUUCAGGACAUGAUGAAGAAAAGAUAUAGUAUCCAACAUGUAAAAUUUAUUUCUACAGUAAUUGUGAAUUUGUGUUAUAAAAAUAUAUAUAUAUGUAUAUGAAUAUAAAUGGUCAUUUUUGUAUGUGUUCAAAAUAUAACUAAAUAUGAAAAACAAAUACAUGGUACUUUUCUGUCUAAUUGCAGUAUUGCUGUAAAUAACUGUGAAUGAAAACAUUUAAAUAACUCAUAGAUUGUGAAUGUACUCCAAGCUUCUGCAGUACGAAGACUUACUGGACUUGAAUGCUGCUUCUUCUUUUUUUGUGCAAAAGAGUAAUUUCAACUUUAAACAUUUAUUCUGUUUAGUUGGACAAAUUUUGUGAGAAUUUAUUAUCCUGUUUAUUGAUUUGCACAUGCAAGUUUAAUCCUUCCAGUUUUAGUUACGUAUUGACACAAAGACAUGUAAUUGGUAAAGUAUAUAUUCUGUGUCUAGAAUGCAUUUUGCAGAUCCUAUCUGUAUAUAUUUAAGAUGACUUUUAAUAAAAAUUAUGGAAAUAUAAAAUGCUGUGCAGCACAUACAGAGCCAUUUUCGGCUUUGGAAGUACAUUUUUUCAGUAUUUAAGGAGUGUUUUGAAUAAUGUAUGAAAGUCUAUUGUACAAAUAAUAAAAAUGUCACUUUAUUGUUAAAAA